CGACACGACCUGCUGUGCGUCGUUUUAUCAUAAUCGCAAUGCAAGAAGUUCCUUUGCUCAGGCUUUCGUUUUUGAAGGAUCAGUAAUUUACGAUUCUCCAGCUCUCAGUUACAGGAUCAGGAACACAAUCCAGAAAUGUCUUGCUACAAGCGCACGCAAUCUUCAUCCUCCGGCCUGGUCAAAAAAUGAUUGACAUGACAAAAACGUAAUGAAGAAGAUCUUGGCUCCUGGUCCUGCAGAUGUAAAUUCCUGCUGCAUCUUCCACGCCAUUGCAGAGGCAAUAGUGGUCCUGUAUUGGUUAUUCUUGCUACCACUCCAGCCAACUCGCUCUCAUUUUUUUGAGACUGGCGGAAUAUCAGGUGGUCAAGGUCUUUUUGCGUGACAGGAAUUACCCAACUGAAAAAAACAGAGAACGAAGCAAGUGAAAAUAAACCGGAGAUAUGAAGAACUUAGCUGCCUUUGGUGCCGAAGCUGUAUUUGUUCAACAGAACUACUAUAGUUAGUUGGUGAAAUUUUCCGCAUCCUCAUCUUUAUCUUCGAGCUUUCUGUCGACUUCUACACAUCAACCUGAAAAUGACAUCGUCCUCGACUACAGGGAAAGCGAGUUCCACCUCCUGGCUUCCCACCGCCACCGCCGCCGCUUUGUCGUUCGGUUUGCUUGCGGCCACCGUCGCCGGGACGAAGUUUGUUCUCUCGAAACGAAGGGCAAAAACUCUGCGAGCACGGAACCAGCAAGCUCGGCGCACAAGAAAGCAAAAGCGCACCCUGAUCCUCUACGGGCACGCCGGGGGGCUGUCUGAGCGGCUGGCGGACAGGAUCGCCCGGUUUCUAAUUCGGGUAACGGAGGAAGAGAAAGAACAAGAAGAUGCUGAGCAACAGUGCAAGAAUAAUAAAUCCACAACGUCUAGUACUCGUCCUCGUGGAGACGAACACUUCUCAACGUCAUGCUCGUACUUCAAAAACGUAACGCGCGAGCAAUUACCGGAGCUAUUUCAGGUAUUCGAAGAGGCUGAAGCUGGUGACCAUCAAGGUGCCACUCAUGCAAACGCAGCAUUGGAAGACUUCUUCGUCACGGCCCGGAUGGAUGCCGUGGACUUGGAGGACAUGACGCAAUCCUUCACCGACCUCAUCAUCGUCCUCGCGACGUUUGACGACGGACCACCGCUAGCCGCGAUGAACCUGUACGAGCAAAUCGCCGAGGCCGCGAACGACUUCCGGUUCGGGAAGCAGACUUUAAAGAAGUUGGACACCAUUUCUGUGCUUGCCCUGGGCGACAAGAAUUACGGUAAGGAGUUGUUCUGCACCGCGGGAGUUCGAAUUUUCCGGAAUUUGACGGAAAAACUCUGGUCCAUGGACAGUGGCGUAGUGGAAGAGAAAAUUUCUGAAGAAGAUGAUCGUACAGGAGGUUCAACAUCAUCUCUGACGACAGGGGGCGCCAGCGCAACAUUAUCAGCGACUACAUCUUCCUCGAGCUUCGGAACCAGCACAAGAAAAACGAGGAAACUUCGUCUGCUCGACACCGCGGUCUUCCUGGAUGAAGAGGACCGUCAACGGACGAAGGAGUCGCUGGCAAAUUUUGAAAAGGAGGUGGUCGAAGAGUUUUGUCUGUCUGACGCGGCCCUGCGGGAGUUGAAGGAGGUAAGGAGUAAAAUCAACAAGACGGGUGGUGGUCAACAACAUCUUCAUCAGGAAAAGCUUCUGUUGUGUGACGUUCCAUUAACUGUGGCUCUCGGUCGUGAUCUUGCUCAAGGAGAGGACCAGCAACCCCUCACAAAAUCCGCUGUGCAGCUGAACGACGAACGGCGGGCACGAGAACAAAAUCAGGAGCAGGAUGCUUGCCAGCAGGGUACCUGCGGGUGCAAAGCCGACUCUACUUCUAGUGCUGCUUCCAAGAAGUACCUGAAAACAGCCACAUCUCCUUCCACUUCGGCCACGAAUUCCCCCCGCGACGAUGCUUCGAGCACGAGGUCCACAGCCUGCUGCAGCAGUCCCAACGGUAGUUCUUGCAAGGAUACAACAGGCCACACUCACUCCACUGCUAGUACCUCUGGGACAACAACAAGUGAGGUGUCGCAGGAACCGCAAGACGAAAACGUCAACGAGAGUGACGCUUUCACGGAGUACAGCGAGUCGGAGUUCAGCUCUGACGAAGACGAUUUUCUGGACCAGAACAAGGCGAAAAAUAAGCAAAACGACGACGAUUUGGAGGAUCUAGACAAGGACGUGGGGUCCUGCGGGCCGACAGUGGCAUCAACGGCAGGAGCCGACAAGACCGCGACGAAGAAGAUGCUUUCCAAGCGACAGAAGGAGAAUCUGACGAAAGAGGGCUACAAGGUGGUAGGCCAGCACUCCGCGGUGAAACUGUGCCGUUGGACCAAGCACCACUUGCGCGGGCGGGGCGGCUGCUACAAGCACACGUUCUACGGCAUCGCGUCGCUGUCCUGCAUGGAAGCCACCCCCAGUCUCGCCUGCGCCAACAAGUGCGUGUUCUGUUGGCGGCACCACAAGAACCCGGUGGCGCAGCAAUGGGAGUGGCAGAUGGACGAACCCGAGCUGAUCGUGGAAAACUGGCUGAACGAGCACGCGUAUCAAAUGUAAAAAUGUCUGGGUCUGGAAGGUUCGAACUUGUGAUGCUAACUUUGGACUCUAAAAAUAAAAAAUCUGUAUUGCAUGACCAGCAAGAGGAGUCUAGCGCGUGCUACGCGGGGAGGGCAUUUGUCAUGCGGAGUAGGCAUCAGGGCGACCUCUGAAAAUCUGUGAUGCUAGGUCGUGCAUUUUUACAGACAUCCUGGCUCACGCAAAAUAUGCAUGACAAACCCGGCAACAUUCCAGACCCAGACAAUUUUGCAGUUCAUAACGCGAAGAUGAUCAAGCAGCUGAAGGGCGUGCCCGGCGUCACGCCCGAGCGGUUCGAGCAGGCGAAGCAGAUCAAGCACUGCGCGCUCUCGCUGGUCGGCGAGCCGAUCAUGUACCCGAAGAUCAACAAGAUUUUCGAAUUGCUGCACAAGGAGAAAAUCUCGACCUUCAUGGUGACCAACGCGCAGUUCCCCGAGCAGAUGCGAAACUUGUCCCCCUGCACGCAGCUGUACCUCUCCAUCGACGCCCCCACGAAGGACACGCUGAAAGCGGUCGACCGGCCGUUGAAGCAGGACUUCUGGCAGCAGUUUCUGGACAGCAUUGACGUGUUGCGGGACUUCAAGUUUUCCCGCACGGUGUUCCGCUUGACUCUGGUGAAGAACAAGAACAUGGACGACACGCUGGACUACGCGAAGUUGAUCAAGAGGGGGGACCCCGACUUCAUCGAGAUCAAGGGCGUCACGUACAACGGGGACUCCCAGGGCAAGGACAAAAUGACGAUGAAGUCCGUGCCGUGGCACUGGGAGGUGGUCGAGUUCGGGAAAAGCAUUCUGGCGCUUGAAAACCUGGAGGAAGACUACGAGCUGGCGUGCGAGCACGAGCACAGUCUGAUCAUUUUGCUCGCGAAGAAGACGUUCAAGGAUAGGGAGACGGGGGCGUGGAAAACCUGGAUUGACUACGACAAAUUCCACAGGUUGAUCGAAACAGGGGAGUGGAAAAACUGCACCUCCGUCGACUACUCGCUGGCAACGCCGAAGUGGGGCGUGUCCGGGGCGCCGGAAAAAGGAUUUGAUCCCGCGGAUACCCGGGUGUUUCGGAAGAAGAAGGAAAAAACUGCUGCUCUCGAUGCUGCGGGAGAAAGUGCCGCGGGGACGGCAGGAGGGGCAACUCAAAAAUAGCAUCGAUUUUCAAGUUUUAGUGAAGAUAUGAGGAUUUUGGACCUUCACUACUGGUCGUGUCAGAUGUGACGUGGCGAAGCAAAAUUCGAUUGCGAAGAGAUGUACAUGUGGUGUAUCAACGAAGUUCGACUUCGCCCGCAUCAAAAACAUUGAAAAAUAAUGAAAUCACAACGUCAACGCGGUGGAUGUUGUUC